AUGGCAUCCCAUUAUCCUGACGCAACAAAACCAUGGGAAGUUGUUAGUUCGGAUCUCAUAGGACCUCUUCCUAGGUCUAAAAGAGGAAAUUCUUAUAUAUUUGUUAAUGAUUACUUCAGUAAUUCUGAGAGGUCUGGAGACGCUUUAUUUAAAGCUUUAUUAUUUAUAUGUGCAGGUAAUUUUAUUCAUUUAAUGGGAGAAUGUCAAGAUAUUCGUUUUAUAGGGGGUUUAGUUUAUAAAACUCCUAUAACUGUAAUAUAUUUUAAUGUAAGAAAUUUAUCAUUAUGUGGGAUUCUUUUUUUUUUCGGAUUUUACUCAAAAGAUUUAAUUAUAGAGGUUUAUUCUAUGUCAAGAUUAAAUAUUUUAAUUUAUUUAAUUAUAUUAAUUUCUUUAACAUUAACAGUUUCUUAUACAGUGCGUUUAUUGAAUUAUGUAUUAAUAUGGAAUUUGCCUUAUAUUUCAACUUUUGGAAUAAAUUAUUUUUUUAUUAAU